UCGUGAAAAGAAUGGCGUUUUUGCUCAACAAAACAGCCUUAUCUAAGCUUCGACUCAAUCCUCAGAAAACCGAUGAAUCUUUGAUGCUAGCACGACGUGGGAUCCAUAUCGAACCUGGGGCUCGCGAGAAGGCUCUCUUGGCAGCGGAUCCCUCCUUGAAACGCUUUAAAUCACAUAAACAGAGUGUACGAACCCUCAAAAGGGUGGGAGAUGUUCUAACUAUUGUUGUAGUAGCAGGAUGUUGUUACGAGAUAUAUGUGAGAGCUGUUAUGCGGGAAGAAGCAAGGAAGCAGGCAGAAGGAAGUGCAUAAUGCAGAUCAUUCUGUUUUUGCAUAUCUUCACUGCCUUUAUUCUUCGAAACAUGAGGAGAAUGGGAUAAUGAAGGUUGAAAAUCUUGAUACUAAGUACAUGAAACUCAGUGUUUUAACUUUUCUUUGGGUUGGUUGUAUGAAAAUAAGAUGGCUCCAAGCACUUGAGGCUGCAUUCAACGCCAAGAACUUUGCAUGCAAAUUUUGGUUUUAUUUGAACUUAAUGUUUGAAUGCUCUAA